CGGUUGGGUCUCUCGCGGGAUUACGACCAAGCGGUGGCUUUGCAGGGCCUGCCUGGUCUCGGGUCUCUCGCGAGACCGGGAGGAAGGGGCGGGCUGGACGCGUGACCAUAGGAGCGCAUGGCUGCCUCUGGCUCUCUCGGAGCUGAGGCCCUAACGAGGAUAAGUACCCCGCGUACUGUCAGCCGAGGGCGCGUCGAGGCCUGUCCCUCCGCCAGGGAUGCUGGCGGCUGCGGACGCUCUCGUAGACCCCAGGGCCACGAAGGACGGCGCGGGCGCCCGACCUGGCGCUCAGCUAGGCUCCAGUUGGUCGCCUUCCCAGUGUGUAGGAGCCAUGGAGCCCACCGCUGGUGACUUACAGCUUGUGCCUGGGACAGCAAAGGAAGUCCCAGCUCCCUACACCUCGUGCUGCCGCAUGGCCCUCUGCGUUGUUGUGGCCACCAGCAUCAUCAUGGUCACCCUGGGAGUCCUCAUGGCCUCCCUCUCUACACAGGGUGUCGACGUGGAGCACACGGCGGAGCUGCAAGGGGUCCGCUAUGCCCACAGCUUGCAGCACGAGGCCUCGGACUACUACCGCACCCUGACGCCCGCUCUGGAAUGGCUGUUUGUGAGCAGCUUUCGGGAGACCGAGUUGGAGGCCAGCUGUGUGCGCUGCACCGUGCUAAGUUACAGGGAUGGGAAUUCCAGCGUCUUCGUGCAUUUCCGGCUGCACUUCCUGCUGCAGGCCUCGCAGUCACUGAGUCUGGGCCUAGAGGAGGAGCUGUUGCGGCAGGGACUCCGAGCGAGGCUGCAGGGGCACGGUAUCCCCCUGGCUGCCCACGGCACCAUUGUGUCCGCCCAGCUCACAGGAAGCCAGAAAGCGCCAUGGACAGAAAGAGAUUUAAAAUCAGGUCACUGCCCAGGGAACACCUUUUCCUGCCGCAAUGGCCAGUGUGUGACCAAAGUGAACCCGGAGUGUGACGACAGAGUGGACUGCUCCGACGGAUCUGAUGAGGCCCACUGUGACUGUGGUCUACAGCCCGGCUGGAAGACAGCCGGCCGGAUCGUGGGUGGCGUGGAAGCAUCUCCGGGAGAGUUCCCGUGGCAAGUCAGCCUUCGAGAAAACAAGGAACACUUCUGUGGGGCUGCUGUCAUCGGGGCCAGGUGGCUGGUGUCCGCGGCCCACUGCUUCAAUGGAUUCCAAGACCCGGCGGAGUGGGUGGCCUACGCAGGCACGACCCACCUCAGUGGCGCAGAGGCCAGCACGGUGCGGGUGCGCGUGGCCCGCAUCACCCCGCACCCCCUGUACAACCCGGACACGGCCGACUUCGACGUGGCGGUGCUGGAGCUGGACGGCCCUCUGGCCUUUGGCAGGCACGUCCAGCCCGUGUGCCUGCCUGCCGCCACGCACGUCUUCCCGCCGCGGAGGAAGUGCCUCAUCUCCGGCUGGGGCUACCUCAAGGAGGACUUCCUGGUCAAGCCAGAAACGCUGCAGAAAGCCACAGUGGAGCUGCUGGACCAGGGCCUGUGUGCCAGCCUGUACGGCCACUCGCUCACCGACAGGAUGCUGUGUGCCGGCUACCUGGACGGGAAGGUGGAUUCCUGCCAGGGCGACUCGGGAGGCCCCCUAGUCUGCGAGGAGCCCUCUGGCAGGUUCUUCCUGGCCGGCAUCGUGAGCUGGGGAAUAGGUUGUGCGGAAGCCCGACGCCCCGGCGUCUAUGCCCGAGUGACCAGGCUGCGUGACUGGAUCCUGGAGGCCAUCACCACGGCAGGCCGGCCUCUGGCCCCCACGGCGGCUCCCGCCUCCACCACCGCCAGCACUGCCCGGCCCACCCGUCCUGAGAGCCCCACCAGGCCCACUCUGGGCCUCAGCGCCACGCCUCCCGACUCAGUCACCGCCUCUAAGCCACAAGAGUGCGGGGCCAGGCCCGCCAUGGAGAAGCCCACUCGGAUCGUGGGCGGGCUGGGAGCCGUGUCCGGGGAAGUGCCCUGGCAGGUCAGCCUGAAGGAAGGUUCCCGGCACUUCUGUGGCGCCACCGUGGUGGGGGACCGCUGGCUGCUGUCGGCCGCCCACUGCUUCAACCACACGAAGGUGGAGCUGGUGCGGGCCCACCUGGGCACCGCGUCCCUCACGGGCGUCGGCGGAAACCCAGUGAAGAUGGGGCUCAAGCGGGCAGUGCUGCACCCCCAGUACAACCCCGGCAUCCUGGACUUCGAUGUGGCCGUGCUGGAGCUGGCCGGGCCCCUGGGUUUCAACAAGUACAUCCAGCCUGUCUGCCUGCCCCUGGCUAUCCAGAAGUUCCCUGUGGGCCGGAAGUGCAUGAUCUCCGGCUGGGGUAACACCCAGGAGGGAAACGCCACCAAGCCUGACAUUCUGCAGAGAGCGUCUGUGGGCAUCAUAGACCAGAAGGCGUGCAGCGCACUCUACAACUCCUCCCUCACGGACAGGAUGCUCUGCGCCGGCUUCCUGGAGGGCAAAGUGGACUCCUGCCAGGGCGACUCCGGGGGACCCCUGGCCUGCGAGGAGGCCCCCGGUGUGUUUUACCUGGCGGGGAUUGUGAGCUGGGGGGUCGGCUGCGCUCAGGCCCGGAGACCUGGCGUGUACGCUCGAAUCACCAGGCUGAAGGGCUGGAUCCUGGACACCAUGUCCUCUGGGCUCCUCCCCACCGCGAGGACCCCCGCCACCAGGCAGUCCUCUGGGACGGCAGCAGCCUUCACAGUCCCGGGAGUCCCGGCCAGCACAGCCACCCCCUCGGCCACCAGCAGGGCAAACAGCCAGCCCGCCAACAUGACUGCAGCCACCGUAAGCGCCACUGCUGGGGGACAGACACCCCUCCCAGACGCCCCGAGGACCACUGUGGGCUUCCAGCCACCAGACUGUGGCCUGGCACCGGUGGCAGCGAUGACCAGGAUCGUGGGCGGCAGCGCCGCGGCCCGCGGGGAGUGGCCGUGGCAGGUGAGCCUGUGGCUGCGGCGCCGGGAGCACCGCUGCGGGGCCGUCCUGGUGGCCGAGAGGUGGCUGCUGUCGGCGGCGCACUGCUUUGAUGUCUACGGGGACCCCAAGCAGUGGGCGGCCUUCCUGGGCACGCCGUUCCUGAGUGGCGCCGAGGGGCAGCUGGAGCGGGUGGCGCGCAUCUACAAACACCCCUUCUACAACCUCUACACGCUCGACUACGACGUGGCGCUGCUCGAGCUGGCGGGGCCCGUGCGCCGCGGCCGCCUGGUGCGGCCCAUCUGCCUGCCCGAGCCCACGCCGCGGCCCCCCGACGGCGCGCGCUGCGUCAUCACCGGCUGGGGCUCGGUGCGCGAGGGAGGUAGGCUCGGCUGCCCCCCCUCCCCCCGCCGCGGCGAGAGGGCCCUCGGCCCACGGCUCCCGUUUCUCCCGCAGGCUCGAUGGCGCGGCAGCUGCAGAAGGCGGCCGUGCGCCUCCUCAGCGAGCAGACGUGCCGCCGCUUCUACCCGGUGCAGAUCAGCAGUCGCAUGCUGUGCGCCGGCUUCCCGCAGGGCGGCGUGGACAGCUGUUCGGGCGACGCCGGGGGACCCCUGGCCUGCAGGGAGCCCUCUGGCCGGUGGGUGCUAACUGGGGUCACCAGCUGGGGGUACGGCUGUGGGCGGCCCCACUUCCCAGGGGUCUAUACUCGGGUGGCUGCCGUCAGAGGCUGGAUCGGGCAGAACAUCCAGGAGUGACCGCCAGCACGUGGCUGCACACGCCCGGGACGAGAGGUGACGGCGCCAGGAACCGGCUGGCCCCUCUGCCCGAGGAGGAGAGUCUAGGUGGUGGGCGGGCGGGGGGCUAGGGGGCUGCGGGUAACCGGGUGCACGUUUGCUGCUUAUUUGGAUCCAAUAAACAGCCCCUUGUCCCUAGCCUGCUGGCUCAGCACCUCCGUAUCACAGCAGGGACCGUUCGGCUGCUGCUCACCCGGGGCCCAGAUAUGGGAGGUGCGGGGAAGGGGCAGCAAGGCCUCCCCGGGGCAGGACUACCCUCCUCUUUGGCGCCGGAGCUGGGGGGGGGGGAGGGGGGGGUCUGGCCAAGCUUCCUCUCCAAGCUGCCUUUUGCGUGAGCAACCGGCUCCCGGUCAUGGUCAUUGGAAACCAGGGGCACAGAGGGUAAAGAGGUGCAGGCCGGUCAGGGGACCCGGGAACACGCCGGGCCACCUCCCGCAGAGACCCCCUCCAGGGAACACCGAUCGGGUGCUCUCCGCACCUCCCUUAUUGGCCCCCACCUUCAGGUGGCCACGGCCAGGUGGGGCCUGACUAUGCCCCCAGGUCCCAGGGCGGAUUCUCCGCCCCAGGUGCACGGUGAGCCUGGACCCCGCAGGGGCCGCGCCGCCUGCAAUCUGGGAAGUCCCAGGGCCCCCCACGACCCGAGGGAGCGACGACCCCAGUGUGGCGGCACCGGUCUCGUCCUCAGGAACCACGGGCAGGCAGGAUGCACAGGCGGGCCCCCGCUUCACAAAGGGCCUUUAUGGAAACGGAAAAGGGGGUUGGGGUGGGGACCUGCCGGGAGCCCGCGGGGCCGGACGCGGCGCGGGGGGGGGGGGGGGUCACAUGUUGGCUCGCUCCCGCUGUAGCCGCGAGUUGUAGGCGCGGGACACGGUGUUCCAGGCGUCCAUGUAGCGGUCCAUGCACAUGGCGA